AUGUGGUGCGUUCACGACAUGCCAUCCCAGGCAGCUCUUGUGCACCCUCCUUCAUCCAAGUCUAUCACAGCUUUCGGCGAGCAGGACAAGGCUCAGACGCGCCGACGACCGACGCUGCUGAGGCGCAAGCAAGUUGUCUCGACCGACACAUCCGCGACAUCCGCUUCCCGCAGCAACAGCCGAAAAGAGCGCCGCUCAGCCGUCACGUCCAUGAAGAGCUUCGUUCGUUCCACCCGAUCGGGCCGGUCGCGGCGCUGGCACGGGGACAAGGACGAGAUGGACGUCUCAGAAGACGAGAUCUUCGACGCCCGCGGGAUGUUUGAGUCGAGUUUUGACAGCGGCGAGAAGACGAUCGACCCGACGGCUACAUUUACGUCUACUGCAACGACAACGACGACGGGGACGUCCUCCAGUCGCGGCGGACACAGCCACAGCGGUUCGGACGUGCACGACGAUGAGCAGCGCAUCUCUGUCGCGCUGCGGCGGACGAUGAGCGACGGUCCGCAGAACUAUGAGGAGAUCCUGCGCUCCGAGAGCCGGCUCAGCCGUACGAGCAGGGCCGACACUCCCACCCCGAGCCAGGGCGGUAGCAUCCAUUCAUACUACACGGCCCUUUCCGCCGGCUCGACAACGCCGUCAAUUGAGUCUGGAACCACCGCGGAGUCGUCAUUGUAUCUGCAAUGUGACGGACUCCGGCUGCGGCCCAUCACACCAGAACUCGUCCCGAACGAUGGGUUAGAGUACAUCCGCAUGGCGGCCAGCGAUGGCGGGCACGAGGAGGAGCUCCUCAGGAGCCCCUACGUAGACUCGGACUACGACUCGCGGCCGUUCAGUCUCCAGAAACCCGUCCUUCGCUCUGCCUCCCUCAGCAGGCUGAGCGCACUCACACCGACCGUUAGGCCGAAGCUUUCUGUCAUCACACACUUCCCCAACCCGAACGAGAGACGCCAACCCGAGCCGACAGUGACCAUAUUCAAGAAGGAGCAGCCUCAGCAGCCUCAGCCGCCAAAGCUCCAGGUGGAGAAGAGCCUGCCUCCGCCGCCGCCCGAGUCGGAGCCCGCGCGAAGCGUGCGCAGCGACAAGGCGGAGGACGACUCGUCGAGCGCAACGCUAACGACGCAAAUGACUGGCGCGACAUCGUCCACAGCAAAGACGAGCGACACAUUCCGCGCAAGCUCGCAGAUGCUGGGCUCGAUGAACAACUCGUCCUUCCGCCUGAGCCCGAUCUCAGCCACGAUUGAGCACGCGUUCAAGGCCGACAUCCGCGUCGGCAGGGCGCCAGUGAGCAACCGCCCCAUUCUCGCCGACAUCCAGAACCGCAAGUCCCUCAUGGCCGUCCCUGGAACGCCCGAGGCGGAAGACUACAUGGAGUUCGACCUGCCCGAGUUCGACAUCCCGGCGUUCGGUAACGCGUCCCCGCCCGCCCUCUCGCCUGACACGACGGGUGACCAGGCCUGCCCGCCGAUAUGCACGCCACCGGGCAUUGCGGACGGCACGGCGCCGCUGCCAGUCGUGACUAAACCGAAGCCGACACGAAGCGUCACCUCGCCCUUCCCCAUGCUCCUGCCCCCGCCAAAGAAGGCGGAUACGGCCAGCCCAGCCAAGCCCGAGUCACCGGCUGUCAUCACGGCACCCGUGGCCGGACCGGCACCGGCGCCUAGUGCGUACCGCGCUCCGUCGGACAGCGUGAAAACGCCAGCCAUCACGUCGCCCAAGAUCGGGGGCAACUCGACGGGGAUGCUGUCCAGGUCGUCAUCGACAGAGUCGAUUCGCUCCCUGCCGCCCAAGCCACCUCCCACUUGUGGUCUACCGCCUAUUCCGGUCAAGGCGAAGGGGAGCUCCAGCUCGCUGCGCAGUGCAGCGAAAGGACACGCUGUGGCUGCUGCCACCGCCGCAAAGACUCAGGCGCCGGAGCUAGAGAGCAGCUCGACGUCCAAGCCUGCUGUGACUGAGCCGAGAGAGACUGCUGCUGCCCCGGCUAAGGCUGAAGUGCCCGCCCCCGCUCCGAAGGCUGAGGAGCCCACUCAGCUUCCGACCAGUCCCCGCAAGCCUCUCCCUCAGCCUCAGCCUCGCGCCCUCCCUCCUAUCGUGACCGCUUUCCCCUCCCCUCCCCAAUCGAAGCCGGAACGCAAGCCGCGCAGCCUGCCUCCCAUCCCCGGCCAAAAGCCCCCAGCAUCUGCGCUCCCGACUCCUCCAGCGCGCAAGGUGACCGUACGCCGUCCGCUCCCUCCGGUCCCCAAGCCGCGCGAGGACGCAGACGAGCAGCUCCUGUCUCCCACCUCGCCAGGCUUCCAGCUCUCAGCCCCCCUGUCCGCUGCCCCGCGCCUGCCGCCCGUCUCGCCCAUCUCGCCCAUGCCCGGUCUCCCUGUGAACGCGACCAAUGCGCUGAAGAAGAUCACGAUCAACACCAACGUUGUGUCCAACAUCCGCAUGAGUCUUGCCUCUACACCGGUUGACUUCUCGGCGCACCCUGGGGAGGACAGUCCCAGCACGCCCAAGCUCGACGUCGACCUCCCCCCAACCUGUCCGCUGUUUGACGCUUAUGGGGGUGAGUCGCCGACGGAGAUUUGGACGAGCUAUCCCAAGGCUUCGGCUAGGGACGACGACGUCGAGGAGGAUGGGGAGGAAGCUAACCGCGUCUCGUUCUACCACGCCAUCUAA